AUGAAGCCCGUCGUAUCCGCCUUCAAUGCCUGGACAUGUGUUGUCAUCUCCAUCUUCGCCAUCGUCAUCCUCUCCGUCAUUGGUGCUCUCUUCAAGACAAACAACCACUCCAUGAUGGGCUCCGAGGAAGACCCCACUGAUGGCGCUGCUGUCGCUGCUUCAGUCUUUGGUGCCGUUGCCAUCUACGGCGCCUUCCUCGUCUUUUGCGCCGGCCAAGCAUAUUUGCACCAACGAGACAGAUCAAGAGGUGCCAUCGCCUUGUCGUAA